AUCCUUAAGGACAUUGGAGAUGAAGAAGCCAACGUUGUUGCUCUCAAACAAGCCAUCAGAGACAAAGAAACCCACAUGAAGGUUGUGCAAACAAGGCUCUAUGACAGGUCUUUCAGGCCCAACAUAGAGCUGUGCAGAGAUGAAGCAGAAUUCAGGUUGGUCAGUGAAGUUGAUGAGCUAACAGUGUCCACUGAAGCCCUGAAGAAAAAAAAGAUGGAAUCUGAACAAACUCUGAAGAACCUGGAGGAGACAAGGAUGAACUUGGAGAAAGAAAUAGCUGUGAAAGCCACCAGUAUUUUUAUUGAUAGGCAGAAGUGCAUGGCCCAAUGCAUACAACACCCUGUUGACCUUAAGUUAGCAAGUUACAAUCAGUAA